AUGACUUUACAUUUAUCAUUCAGAAAAGUUUUUAACAAGCACUCUGCUUCUACCAAUGAAGACACAACUACUUCACCUAUCAUCAAUGAAGACACAACUACUUCAUCUAUCAUCAAUAAAGAUACAACUACUUCAUCUAACAUCACCAAUAAAGUCAUAACUACCAAGUUUACACCUCAUCCUUCCAUUGACUCUAAUAUUGAAGUGCCAACUACUGAACCUACCAUUAGAAAAACAUUCAGAUUCAAACGUGCUUUGAAGAAGGUUACAAAAAUUAUUCACAAACCUAAACCUGAAAGUCCUAUCAACUCCAUUAAUGAAGUCCCAUGUUAUGAUCAUUACUUACCCAAAGAAUUCUCAAGUGGUGAACCUUCCAUAAAUUCCAAGUCUGACUUUCCAUGUCUUGAAUCAUCCAUUAAUUCUAUCAGCAAGCUUCCAAGUUCUGAAGUUGAAUAUGGAUAUCCCAAUACUAAAUCAUACAGAUUCAAACGUGCUUUGAAGAAGGCUAAAAAAACUAUUCAUAAAUCCAAACCUAGACAUUUCAUUAAAUCCAUUAAACAAGUCCUAACUUAUGAACAUGCCAACUCCACUAAUGAAUCGUCAAUUGAAGAAACCUCCAUUAACUCCAUCAGUGAACUCUCGACCUCUAAAGUUGAAUCUGAAUUUUAUAUAGUUAAAUCAUCCAAAUUCAAAAGACUGUUUAAGAAGAUUGGAAAACUCUUGAAGAAAAGUCCAAAGAUUUUGAAGAAAAGUCCAAAGUUCUUGAAGAAGAUUCCAAAGAUUUUGAAGAAAAGUUCAAAACUCAUGAAGAAGAUUCCAAAAUUCAUCAAGAAUAUUACAUACAUUAUUCAAAACAUCAAAUUUGAAACUUUUAUUGACUUCAUCACAGAAAUCCUGAGGUAUAAAGUUCAUGUUGGACCUUGUUUUAACUUCUUCACAGAAAUCCUAAGUUAUAAAUCUGAACUUGAAACUUUUAUUAACUCCUUCACAGAAGGUCUAAGUUAUAAAGGUGAAUUUGAUCCUUUCAUCAAUUUCUUUAGUGAAUUUCUAACUCCUAACGUUGAGCCUGAAGCUCCCAUUACUAAAUCAUCGAGGUUCCAACGCAUUUUGAAAAGGAUUACAAAUUUCAUUCACAAAGUUGAACGUGAAUAUUUCAAUAGCUCCUUCGAUGAAGUCCUAAGCUAUGAAUCAUCAAUCAGUUCUUUUGAAGUAUCAAGUUAUCAAGAAGAAUUUGAACCUACCAAUGAAAAAUCAUCCAAAUGCAUUAGUUCCAUGAAGAAGGUUAGAAACAUUAUUCACAAGAAUAAACCGGAAGAAGUUUUAGAACAAUCACAAUCAAAUGCCUAUUCCCGCUCGGAUGAAGAUUCACCAUAUGAGUAUAGUUCAAGCGACAAAGAAGAUUGUCCAAGAGAUAAAAAUAUCUUAUUGUCAAUCAACUCAGAAUCAACCUUUCAAUCAUUGAAGAAACUCUCAAAGAUGGAGAAAUUCAAAAGAUUUUUUAACUUUAUGAGAAAGGAUCCAGUAUACCAAAUUACUUUUACUGUCACUAAUAAACCAUUGUCUGGACCAGAAAAUGCAUUAGGUGAAAGUCCUAUGGAGAUCUCCCUGUUUGAAAACCCUUAUCAAGAAUCGUUAAUAUGUGAGGGAAAUAUUAAAUUCAAAAGAAAUGCUGAGUGUGUUGCUUUUAAAACUGUUCAACUAGACGGUACCCAAACUUCUGGUUCCAAAUUUAAUUUCCUUAAACGAAAGUUUUCCAAUAGCUAUUCAUUUUGCCUGUCACCUUUCUCCUCAAGAUCUACUUCAUCUUCAACUAUCCCUACAACUGCUGCUGCUUCUAUUAUCAAUGGUCUUCCUACAAAUCAUGUUCACAUAUGCAAGUCAGUUCUUAAAUCAAAGAACAAUAUUAAUUAUGCAACUGAGGCAAUGAUGUGUGAACUAGAAGAUGGGAAAGAUACUACUAAAUUUUUUGAAUACUUCAUUGAUAAAGGCAAUGUGGAAUACGACCGAGAACACAGAAAACCAUAUACGCGAUUGGGACGUUCAAAACAACUUGAUAAUUACUACGAGUUCAAAUUUUGAUUAUAAGAUAAAGAUCCAUCAUCUUCACUACCAACUAUAUUUCCUCCCCUCCCCUCCCCCUUAUAA